AUGACUUACGAUCAUAUCAAUACUAAUGCUGGUCCUCAUGUUCUCAUCGUAGGUGCCGGAAUAACAGGCCUGUUGAUCGCACAAGGUCUGAAGAGGGCUGGUGUUGAAUACACAAUAUUUGAUGCGGAAACUCCAGGAAUAAGUCGGCCGAGAGAAUGGACCUUGGCAAUCCACUGGUCAAUACCAAUUCUAGAGCAACUCCUUCCUACGGAUCUUGCCAACCGUUUGUUUGAAACACAAUGUGAUCCUGGGCUCAGAACAGGUCUCGAUCAUACCAUUGAAUUCCGAAAUAGCGAGACUGGAGAUGUGCUCAAAACCAUAUCCACCCCGAACAUGAAGCGUGUGUCGAGAAAAAAGCUCAGGGCUUUGUGUGCAGAGGGCAUUGAAGUACAAUGGAGAAAGACUCUUCGUGAGGUUGUUUACCGAUCAGAUGGGCCAGGAGUUAGCGCGCACUUUUCCGAUGGAUCAACUUAUCAUGGCGACGUGCUCGUGGGUGCCGAUGGUCCGAAAUCGAAAGUGCGGGAGAUCUUACUCGGGCUCGAAAAGGCGAGGAGUACUCCCUUGGAAAUCGUCUACAACAUGUCUAUUGUUAAGUAUGGAGAGGCGGAAAAAUCGUUGCAUGUGAGGUCAGGACACCCACAAAAUCUUUUCGGAUACUGUCCAAAAGGCAUCUUCAGUUUCGUAGCUAUCCAAGACAUGCCCGACCCAGACAAACCCGAGACUUGGGCCUUUCAAGUAGGCUCUUCUUGGUUGGGACAACGAGAUGCUAGCUUGAGCAAUGAAGAGCGAAUGGCAAGGGUCAAAAGCGCUGCCAGCCAGCUAUCAGAACCUUUUCGAUCCGCUAAUCUGUGGAUGCCGGAUGAUACGACCAUCAACAUUGACCCAAUAGCGUACUGGGUUCCAGUACCAUUUGAAAAUCACCAAGGGAGAAUCACUCUUUGUGGGGAUGCAGCCCAUCCACUUCCACCCCAUCGUGGGCAAGGGCUUAAUCAUUGUAUACUUGAUGCUUCGAAUUUCGUCGCCGCUGUAGUAAAGAUAAACGACGAGCGGAGCAAGAAAGAAGAAUCGAUUGCAGAAUACACUGAAGAGUUGAUCAAGAGAGGCGCAGAAGAAGUCAAUCUUUCCUUCAAGACUGCCUUGACGGUGCAUGACUGGGCAGUGUUCAUGGAGUCUCCGUUGAUGAAGCAUGGAGUAACGAAGAUGAGUUGAGAGGCAAUCUUUAUUGUCCAAGGGAGAUAAGGCAUACCGGGGGAAACAGGAUUCGGCCCAACAAUGG